AUUAUUAUUCCCCAUAGAAAGAACAAACAUAAAAGAAGAGUUAUUUCAUAAGCUGAGGCACAUUGUGAUCCUGGGAAAUAUUCAGAACAAUGUCUCUGUCAGAACGCACAUACAAACAUGUUAAUACUUCAAGAAGUCCCACCACCGUUAAUGUGGAACAAUACCUUCGAGGAAGAGGGAAAUCCUCUAGGAUGUCACCAACCUAUUCUCCGACCUCCUCUUCCCCCUCCUCCCCUUACUUUGAGAGGGUGAAGCACCAUGACCCUGAAGAUGACCAUGGCCUCUAUCAGAAGAAAUCAGUUCUCGCCAAAGUGAAGGAGAAGGCAAGGAGAUUGCGCACUAGCCUCAGCGGCAAGAGAAGACAGGAGGACGGGAAUCUCACUCCUUCUUGGGGUGUUAGCUUAGAAGACGUGGAGGAGGAAGAAGAAGAUGCUGAAUACCUUGGAGCUCCAAUCUACGAAUCGGAGCUGGCACCUGAGGACUACAAAGAAAAUGCAAGACAACAUCCAAGAGCAAAUCCAGUCAUCUCCGAGAAGCGUGUUUUGCGGAAUGCUAUCAAAUCAGGAAUGGAACAAGAUCGAGACAUGCUGAAUAGUCCUGCUACAUCUUCAACAACACCACAACCUGCAACAACUACUACUCAUGGUGGUUCAAACAUGACAAUGACUGAAAAAAUAGCAGAGAAAUUGACACCAGCUUUUGCUAAAGGGCCAGAUGUAGCUCAUUCCACAUCCUCUAAUGCUGUUUCCAGAACUCCUUCUGCGAAUUUGUCAUCCCAAGCUUCUUCAGGUUCUCCACUGGCUUCAUCAGUUUCCUCGCCAACACAAAAUUCAUCAUCCUCAGUUGUUCUACUUGGUGGAAGGAAUACAGGCUCUGAGGGUGAGCCGAUGAAAGAUUAUUUGAUGAAUAAGUUUGAGUCAAGGAACUAUGAAGAAACUCAUUCUCAGGUGACACCUGAAACAGUAAGUCAUAGGAGAGGUUCUAGUAAUGCAGGUGUGAUGGACAAGGUUAAGGGAGCUGUAAAUUCUCUUCUCCGCUAUGAGGAUUCAUCGCCAACAGACUAUUCAUCGGCAACACAAAAUUUACCAUUCUCAUUACAUAGUGGGAAUAAUGCAAGCCCCUCUGUCAAAAACUAUGUGGUGAAUGAGUCUGAGGCAGGGAAUGAUGAAAAAACUCGGUCUCAGGUUACAUCUGAAACAAUGAGUCGUAGGAAAGGUUCUAUUAUUAAUGAAGGUGUGAUGGAGAAGUUUAAAGGAGCUGUGAAUUCUCUUCUCCGGAACGAGGAACCUUCACAACAGUAUGCAGUCAAAACUCCUGCUACAAGCUCUAUAACCAACAAUCAAGAAGUUGCCCAGGAAGAGAACCGUGGGAGAAUUCUUCAAGCAAAUUAAAAGUCCUCCAAAGAAUCCUUUCUAUGUUUUUGUAUGUGACUAGUUGUAUCCAAUUUAUACAUGUACUUUUGGUCUUUUGUGUAUGUAUCCAAUAAUAAGACUAAAAUAAUUUCGAAUAAGAUAGUGUAAUUAUAUUAUGUUGUAAUCCAUUGUUUAUUGCGAGAUAGGAUAAUGCAAACAUGUCAUUUUUCC